UGAUGAUCAUGUGGACGAUGAGCAUUCCCAAGUUGAUGAUGAUGAUGUAGAAUUGAAGAAGGGUGCGGCUGGACUCGCCGAAAGCAUCGGUUACGAUGCCUGGAUACGUCGCGGAUUUUGAGACUGGACUGAAUUUAUGGAUCAAAUCAAUGGACGACUCUGUUAACACAGCGACCGAUAGAUCAUUAUAACGCUAGGAAUUGGGCCCAAUUGCUUGACGGUGGCGGGGAUCGCCAUGAUUCUGGCUCCGAAAAUCGUGGUGGAGAGGUUGAACACCGCUCCCGAAAACGAUGUCCCAUCGAAGGAGGACUCCUGCGCCUCGAAUAAUUCAUCUUGCUUCUUGGAGAGGAAAGGGGAUGCGGGGACUCCGUCGGUGUUUUUGGUCCAAAAGAGGGCAGAACUGGGUAGGGCGAGGACAGGAAAUCUGCUUCGUUAAUCGUUCCAGAUGCAAGGAUUUGUGGAAUGAAAAUCGAGAGUCAUC